CAAAAAGUUAACAAGUGACAACAGCAAAAAAAAACACAAUGUUUAAAUCUUGGAGUAUAUUUCUUUGCUUAGCCUGCUCAACUUUUAAGCUGAUGGCCACGCAGCCAGUGGGCUCUAUACCCACAACAGAGCUAGAAAUUAGCAAUAAUAAUAUCGUCUUAAAUAGCAAAAUAGAUUUGCUAGCACGCCAUAAUCUGUUAUUAGAAUUCGAAAAACAUUUUGCACAAUUGUCCCGUGUGGCAAUACAAGUGAUCUUGGAAAAAUUACAAGCACAAACCGAAAGGAGUGUUGUCACUGAAAAUAAAAUCACCACGCUAAGCGCUGCUUUGGCGAAAAUCGAAAAUAUAAAUUUAAUCGAUGAACCGUUAGAUAAGAAUGAAGUACGCUUUGUCACCAAUACAGUAGCCGAUUUAUUUGAAUCAAAUAUUUUGAGAUUGAGCGAUUUGAAUGAAAGUCCGAAACUUGUUUUUGAGAUUCAAAGAUUUAAUGAAAUAUUUGAGGAGGUAUUCAAUGACUUCAUUGGCACGCUAACACCAGAAGAACAACUGUUGGAUGCGGAAUUGAUAAAAGUGCAUAAACUCUAUGAAGCAAGUAAUGAAGGAGAGAAGUGGGGGGUGCUACCAAAAGUGUGGCAGUAUUUUGAGAUAUAAAAGUUUUCUGAGCCAGUUUCACACAGAAUGUGAAAGAGUUUUAAAAACGAUUUAUACUAUUUAUUUGGAUCAUUUUAUAUAUUUGAAUUUUGUAAGUUUUGUUAAUAAAUACAUUGGAUU